UUUUUACUAGCAAUUGGUGAGCAGUAUCCAAUCAUCCAUUCUGCUUCAUCAUCAUUAUUACUGUAACGGAGUAAGAUUACACAUGACACAAUUUCAGCCAUCGGAGAGGGGAUGGAUUUGCCAGUUUAGAACACAAAAGGAAUCAAGCAUGCUUGCGAUAUUGGACCCAUCGUCCGCACGCGCUGUGGUACCGACAUGGGGUUAUGGCUCGAUUCCACGCGGCUUUUGAAGAUGCGGAAAGGUGGUGGAUCGAUCAAAACGUUGAUUCUUGCGGAGUGGGAGGAAUUGGGUUGCUGCUUGCAACACUCUGUGUAGCUGGCAUGAUUUCGAGGAAGAGGAGGAGCAACGUUUGGUUGUGUUGGUGUCGUCGUUGUUUUUGGAGGAUUGUUAGGUUUGAAGAAGAUCGACGGGAUUUUUGAGGUUUGAGGUGGGUUGUGUAGUUUUUGAGGUGGUAAGGAUUCGUCAGGGGCUUGUGUUGGAUUUAGGGGUUGGAUGGGGGGAGUGUGUCCCGGCUGCUUGCGGGCCAGUGCUCAGGAGGAUAAGCUUUAUCAUCAUGGGUAUCAGUAUCCUCCAUUCCCUCAGCAGCCUCUGCCGCGGCCAGUGCAGCAGCGCCCUCGGCCUCAAGUGCAGCAACAACAGCAACAAAAACCGCAGCAGCAGCAAAGGACGAGGGAGGAGGACCUUGCUCGUUCAGAUGAGGCGAGGGCUAAUGCAGCUAUAGCUGCUCAGAAACGAGCGGAAGCAUUCGAGAAGUCGGCCGGGGGAAGAGCUGCUCGAACCGCAAUCAAGGCUGCCAAGGCUAAUCCUGCUCUUAGCAGAAACGAUACAGCUGUUCAUGACUGGUUGCAUUGAUACAUGAUUCGUCUGAGGUAUUGUAAGCUAUGGCGAUCUUUGUUCAAUACCUCAGACGAAUUCAGUGUGCAAGCUUUGCUUUGCACAUAUCGCGAGUAUGACUCGCGAUCUUGCUGUAAACAUUAGAUUAGAUUAGAUAGAUUAGAUUCUCUUCCAGUGCAUCAACAAAUACCUAGUUUGGACUGUCACUAUGCUAGUUCGCUGAAGAUGACAGGAAGCAAACAUGAACAUUGAAGGGAGAGGAUUUGAACAUGUAUUACGAAGGGCUGUGUGAUCUCAACAACACUUAGAGCAACCUGCUUCAGUGUAUGCCAAGGCUUAACUGAUGUCAAUGUACUUCUACACCUGGAAAGAAAACCACCGUCAAGACGCAUCAAAAGGAGCUCAAAAACCAAUAUAGUACGUGGUACAGGCAAGCUUUGCUAUAUGUCUCGUUCAUUGAUAAUGAGUUAAUUUUUAUUUUAUUUUAUUUGUGGGAGGCCUUCCGAACAGGAUGUUUCAAAGAGAAUUUCUUUCAUCCUAUGAAAUAAACUAACAUAACUAGAUAUCUUUCUGGAU